CAAACACUACAAAUGACCCUGAUAUUUCCAUGACAACAAGCUGUUUCACAAAUCUUUACAUUCAAGGCAACUUAUCACUAACAUGCCGCAUAAGGUCAAACAAUAUCUUAGACUCCAGUGUGCAUGUAUUCAAAAAUAUCUAUGUUUAAAAUGGUUUUUUUAAAAAAAUUAUGAGUGAAAAGUUCACAGAACAGAACUCUGUUUUAGUUUAGUGAGGUUUUAUACUCGGGGACAGUGACUGCUACGGCUGUGGAAGAAUGCAAACCGGCAGACUGACGGAAGGUGAAUGACACAAAGGAUGUUGAACUAAAAAGAAACUAGAAACCAAGGGGGCAAGAUUAACAGUAAUCAAAGAGAAAUAAAUCCAAACACACAAAGAACAGAACACAAGACUAACCUAAGAAACUAAAGACAAAGGACUAGCAUAGCUACCUCUCAAACAAUAAUAAACACAAAGAUCCAAACUAAAUAGAAAAAUACCUACAGAACUUAAAUACAGAACUUAAAUAAAUCACCACACAGUCACCUAAAGAUCAGAACACACUGAGAUCUAAUUAGCUGAGCCACAAUAACAAAAAUACACAUUAGACUAUAGACACAAUAAUAAUUUCGAACUGUUCUGAGCUGUCAAUAUUUGCUUCCAAAAUUUAGAGUUGACUUUUUUAUGUUUAACCUCAAUUAAUGCUGAGGUCAAGAGUCAGGGUGAGCAUAUGACUACUUGCUGUUUCUUUUAAUUAUGUGCUCCAUUUUACCAGAUACUAAUUGUCAGCCCACAACUAACCGUACUAAUUAGCCUACUGACUGCAGAGCGGGGCAGCAUCGACUUCUGGCUCUAACAGACCUAUUAAUAUGUUUUUACGAAGCCCACCGAUCCUCCACUGAUUCCCUGUGUUAAUUGCACCGGUUUGAACUUGUUACCUGUACAAAAGACUCCUGUCCAAUUAAUCAGUCAGACUCAAACCUCUCCACCAUUGGCAAGACCAAAAGGUUGUCCAAGGACAUCAGGGACAAAUUAUAGACCUGCACAUGACUGGGAUGUGUUACAGGACAAUAGGCAAACAGCUUUGUGAGACGGCAACAACUAUCCAAUUAUUAGAAAAUGGAAGGAACUCAAGAUGACGACCAGUCUCUCUUAGAUUGGGGCUCACAUCUUGAAUUAUUAAUGUUUAUGAGACAAGUGAGGAUGGCCCAGAACUACAGAGUAGGACCUGGUCAAUGACCUGAAGAGAGGUGGGACCGUAGGUUACUAUAGUAACACACUACGCCAUUAUGGAUUAAAAUACAGCAACGCACAAGCCAGUGCAUGCCCAGGCCUUCAUUACUUAUCAGCUGGAUGCAUACUGAUAUUCUGACCCGCAAACUGCUCGCAUUUCUACUUAAAAAAAAAAAAAAAAAAAAAAACCGUCGCCGCCCAACUUCCAACCUCCAGAACUUCUUACGCCUUCCCCCUUUAAAGAAGUUGGAAGCGAAAGCGAAUUUGCGCUGCUCUCUCUCUCUCUCUCUCUCUCUCUCUCUCUCUCUCUCCCUCUCUCUCUCUCUCUCUCUCUCUCUCUCUCCCUCUCUCUCUCUGUUUUGUUUUACUCUUUAAGUAAACGGGCAUCUUGGAAACCGAACGUCAGUCUGUCGUGAGAAACUCAAGGUGUUUGUUCACACUGAGCGGCACGAGGAAGGAAUAAGAAGAUAAGAAAAAGACAAACCGCGUUAAACUGUAUCAACAGGAUGUUUCGGUGCUUGGAGUUCGUCGCUGUUGUUUGUCUGUUUCUUGCGGCCAAAACCACAACAGAGCAGAUUUUGCCUCCACAAAACCUGUCCCUGCGCUGGAUAAAUGUGUUCAUUCCAGAGCUCACUUGGGAGCCGCCUCCGCACUCCAUGGCAAACUGCCACUACGAGGGAAAGAUCGAAAAGAACAACGAACUGAAAUCAACAUUUGGGCCUAUCAAAGACAAGUUUAUGUCUUUUAACAACGACCCGCUGUUCACGGAGGGAAGACAUCUGAGUUGCUCUUUGGAAACAGUUUGUCACGCUAAGCGAAGUGAACCUGCGUUUUUGAAUAUAACUUACCCAGGUCUGGUGAAGUCGUUGGAUUUCUACAUGACGUCCGCCAAACGAGGUCACUGCUCCUGGUCCCCCGCCAUGACAACCAUGACAACCCCAGACCUGCGCUUCUUCUAUCAAUUGAAGGAUCAGUUCGUGGACGGACCACCGACAGUGACACUACAAGAAUGCUCAUCGUACAGUUACACUGGUGGCGUGAAGUCUGGGUGUGAUUUGGAUACAACUGCAAGGAUGAGCAUUAUGAUACUGUUCAAUGCAACAGUGAACAACGAAGUUGUUUGGAACACCUUCCAUUUGGACGAAUUAAAAGUAAAACCAGUUGCCCCUGAUUGGACAGUCAAAGAAAAUAAGGACAAUUUCAACAUCAGCUGGACUCCUCCAGACGUGCUAGAUUUAUCAUCAUGGACAUUCAAAAUAAAUUACACCGUAUGUGGAAAAGAGGAGAGACCAUUGUCUGCAUCCGGACAUUCCUACAGGCUGGAGCGGUCCCCUUCCUGUCGGUACUGCAUGAAAAUUCAAGCCAUCAGCGACCGUGGCAACUCGCCUGAAACUGAUGAGAAGUGUUUUGAUCCUGAUCGGGCUUCCUUCUCGGCGUACAUCGUCAUCGUUGCCCUGUUAGUCACUCUGGCGGGUAUCUCCAUUGCAUGUUUGCUGAGGAAUAAGAAGCGUAUUUUCCCCAAAAUACCAGUUCCUUCGAACUUCUUCAAAGAUGUUAUGGAAAACAACAAUGAGAGUUUUUUUCGCAAGUUGUACGUCCCGCCAGAGGAACAAGAGAAUUGUACCGUCACGGUGGUGAAAGAUGCGCAGACCAUCAAACCAGACUGCUGAAACUCCUCCGCUGUCGGCGCACACUUCCUCUGAAGCAAGAAAUCCUAUUGGCAUUAACACGGGGGACCUGAUUCUGAGUCCAGUUUUACGAAACUCUGCAAAAAGUGAUCUCAGGCGACUGUAGAUUAAAAGGCCAAACUUUACGAUGUUCAUACAGCAGAAGAAAAUCGACUGCCGUUUGUGAACAGAUUCAAUGCCUGAGAUUCAGUCGCUUUGCACUAAAGGGUCACUGAACUGUGAGUCAGGACUUUUCCUUGGAGUUCCUUCUGACACAUGCAGCUGUUCCUACUUAGCCACAGCUGUAUAAGAUGCAGACUGGAAGAGAUCCACUAUUUAUCCCCAGCUUGAGGUGUUUUGUGUCAUAAAAUCUCUGGUUUCCACGUACAACUGAGGCACACCACGAACAUUUGUAGAUGGGAUUUCUUUCCUUGAAGAGUUCCCAGACCAGAAUCCAACAAUGUGCCACAAAUUCUCCUAUUAUUACUACCUACUCCUUGCUGUUUUUAUGUGGUGAAACCAGAGGGACGCAGUACUGUACGUCAUCUUUGUGUAAAGAGUUUUCCUUUUAAUUUGCACAUGGAAGCAUUUUCAGCCCGCAGUGGGAAGGAUAGUUAUCCUGGAAACGGGUGGAAAAUGCUACACUCUUUCUGCUUGAAUUUCUUGACAGUUGCAUAAAAAGAUGAGUCAUUUUAUCCCAUUACCUACAAGAAGCUGCUAAAUUCAUUCAAUCAUUUUUACACCAUGUAUAACAGAUAUAAAUCUAGGUAUGUAGUCUGCAAACCUAGCAAAUGUACUGUAAAUGUAAAUGCACACGACUCCAAAUGUUUUCUGGCGGCAAAGUGCUUUGAGUACAAUCGAUGGGAUGUCUGAGGUGUGUGUGAACCAACAUUAGGGAAAUACACACGCCUCCUUGGCUGCAUUAAGGCCAGAUUUGGUGUGACAAUAAUCCACGAGAGUCAGAUCCAUAAAUGCGGGAAAUUCUCAAGGUUACAAAACCAAACAUCUGACUGAAUGUUAACAAAAUAUAAGAUGGUAAGAAAAAACAUUUAACGAGGAAAAAGGAUGUUUCCACUGAGAUCAUUCAGUGUCAGAGAGUCCUAACUUUGGACAACGUUCUCAUGCCAGAGAUUCUAGUUCCUCUCUUCUGACACAACUGGCCUUAUCGCCUCAACAAACAUGGCGGCACUGGCCACCACCGACUCAUAGGACAGCCUCAGUAUCUUCCGGCAGACGUUCUGGGGCCCAGGCCUGUUCAGAAAGGAGAAAUAGCUCUGACCCUUCUUUUUAAAAACCUAUUUGCGUUUUUAUCCAAGUCUGGUUUAUUGUCCAAGUUACACCCCCCCAACAACCUCCAGUUACUCAGACCUUUCCUACCGUGACCCCUUGAAUGUCAACAGGGGUCCUGGAGGCUCUUGGACCUUUUCAAGUCCACAACCAGUACCAGUAUCACCACUUUGGGUUCCAAGUGGUUCCAUGUGAUAAAUGUGUCCAACACAAGCCUGUGUUAUCUCUCAUCACCGCCACCGAUGAGUCCAACUACCUCGGACUCAUGAGAAUACUUCUGUGGAUGGCAGGUGUCUGCACAGUGGCUGAAAUCACAGGUGUAGAGAAUAAAAAAGAAAAGGUGAGAAAGCUUUUGAUUAAACACUUUGGAGGAAAAAAAAAAAGAUUUUCAUUUGAUGAGUUAGUAUUACUAAAGAGCGUUAGUGCCAGCUUAUUGGUAGGUUUAUUAUGGACUUUGCAUCCAGGCAGUUCCCUUGUUUCUGUUCAGAAGUGGGCACCUCAAACUGCAAGAAUCAACCUUUAUAUGUUCAAGUUACUGCCAAAUUACCAAAUGUCUCAAUAUUUACAUUUUUUCAACUACUUCUUACCAAAAGUAUAAUAACAUAAUAACUGCAAUCUUGAAAAAAAAAAAAAAGUGUUCAUUUAACUUUUUCUCCUCUCUAGAACAAAAUCAGAACUCUUAUGGCAUUAAAUUUUUGGGGCGACAGCGGUAGGAGUUCACCCAGCAAUCGGUGGGUCGCCGGUUAGAUUCCCAGUCUGUCCGCCCCACCUUGCCUGAUAGUAGAUUAUUAUCAUCAGCAUGUAAAUGAGCCUUUUGAGAUUUGUAUUUGAAAUAUAUAAUGGAUUAUAAUUGUUAUAUUGACGGUGCUAAGUGAACUUUUUUUUUUUUUUUCACUAUUUUUAAGUCUUCCAAAGAUGUCCACCAUGGACCAGCCCUCUUUCCCCUCCCCCAAUCUCUGAAUCUGUUACUUUCCUAGUUUGGAGAUAUUUUCUGUGGAUGACAUGCUUUGUGUGAUUGGUCAGUGGAGCUGUUUGUAAAUGCCUUAAAAAACUCAGUUGGGUCUCUUUUAUAGCUGUAUAUUUGCACACACACAUACACACACACAGAAACUGUGGGUGCAUUUGUUUUAAAGUAAAGCCUUAUGUGUAUUUUUAUAUCUAUUUUUUUAUGAUAAAGCAGGUCUCAACAGAGGAAUGAUUGUAUUUGUCUUUUGUGGGGCUUUCAAGAAACACGGCUCCCAUUAGUUACAUUGUGAAUAUUCAUUGGUAGCAGUAGCAACCUUCCCUAUUCCUCCACCCUCUAUCCCCAACAAUGUAGUCAAAUGUCUAAUAUCAGCGAGGUAACUUUAGUUUACAGUUAUGUUUUUUUUUUCUAGCUUCUUUCUUUUUAGCUAUGCUAAUUAAGUACCUGCUAGUUGUAUCAUACCAUGUUACGCACCAACUUUCAAAGUGUGCCUCCAAAUCUUGGCAACAAGAAUGUCAUUUUUUAUUUUUUUGUUCUUCAAAAAAAAAUGUGAAUAAAAUGAAAAAAACACAAA